AUGGUCUACACUGAACGUACCGACAAGUGCCUGAGCAACUCCACCAAGGACAACCAUUCCUCGAAAACUCAGACCCAGCCCAAGUCAAAUAGUGGCUCGGGAUUGGGAUCAGGAUCCUGGAGCAGUCAGGCCUCGAGUGCUGAAAAGUGGAAGUACAACAAUAUGGUGAAGAACGAUCGCCAGCAAUUCAAUGGCAUGCAUUUCUCCUAAUUCCUAGGAAAAUGCUACCCUAUAAAAAGGGGAACCCGAAAAAAUAAGGGAACGGGGGAGCUGAUUGUUGUUGUUACUUCUAUUUGGUUUAGCACGGUUCGUUUUAGAUUAGUUUUGUAAGCUCUUUUAUGGACUUAAGUAUUGCUAUGUGAUACAGAACAAGAAAAAUUAAUAUUCCAAUUGGUUAAAAAAUUAAAUCAGAAAAAAGAUGCGCAAAAAA